GGCGACUGCGUAUUGUUAUUAUAAACAAAACAGUAGUGAAUAAACCAGGAAGUAAUCAGAAUCCAUUUGAAAUCCAAGAGAACAAAUUCAGCGAAAUAUCGUCUGUAUUUCCAUUAUAUUAGAAUCUAUAUAAAGUACAGCAGAUACUCAUAAUGUCUGAACAACAAGAAAAACCAGCCCAACAAGAGCAAACACAGCAAAAGCAGGGACAACAAUUAUCAGGAAAAGAUCAUCUCGCUUUGGGAGAAUCAAGAGAAACGUGGUGUGCCGUUGAACUAAAGAAAGAACAAGACUGGUGCAGAGCAACUAGGAAACAUUAUCACCAGCAAUUUGACAGUUCAGUAUUUGCACCUUUGGAUAAGCUACCAGAAUCUGAACCUAGAUGUACAUUUGAAGUCAAUGCUCCAACACAUCGACAUAAAAGACAUUACAAUGGCCUAAGUAAGUCCCAAUCAUACUAUUUCUUACUAUACAGUUCAAUUUGAUUUCAAUAUAAUCUUGGCAAUCUGUGGGUCUAUGAUCUUUCAUAUCUCGUAUUACAAAAACUAAAGACUAUGAGGGUUGGUUCGUCCAAGAACCCGCACAAAUGAAGCCAUGGAACAAGAUUGGCAUUUGUGAAGAGUUCAUCCAAUUUAAAAACUAUAGUCACUG